CUGGCAGGCAGCGCGGGCUGGGCGCGGGCCGGCGUCCGGGGCCUGGAGCGCAGCGCGCGCGAUGGAGCCCGAGCAGAUGCUGGAGGGGCAGACGCAGGUCGCCGAGAACCCGCACUCCGAGUACGGCCUCACCGACAGCGUCGAGAGGAUAGUAGAAAAUGAGAAGGUUAAUGCAGAAAAGUCAUCCAAACAGAAGGUGGAUCUCCAGUCGUUGCCUACCCGUGCCUACCUGGAUCAGACUGUUGUACCUAUCUUAUUACAGGGCCUUGCUGUGCUCGCAAAGGAGAGGCCACCAAAUCCCAUUGAAUUUCUAGCAUCAUACCUUUUAAAAAACAAGGCACAGUUUGAAGAUCGAAAUUGACUUACUGGGAAGAGCAGAAAUACUUGGUUUCUACUGUAGAUUUACAUGAUUAAGAGGCAGCUUUAAUUGCCGUGAUUCCCUGUCGUGAUUCCCUCACACGCCCCUUUUGGAAGUGUCAGAGCCUUCAGGACAACGGAACCUGCAUCUGGAGUUGCAGAAGAAAACCUGUCUCCCUCAUUUUGAUUUGUUUGUCAUACUUAUUUAAUGAGUGUAUUCUGUGCAAUUUUCUCUGAUUGCCUUUAACCUUGUUUCUAAAAUGACCUUCAAAAUAAACCAUUAAAACAU